AUGCCGGCUUUUUCGCGUCUCGUCCGAUUUCUGGCCAAAGAUGGCCGCGUCUACUACGGCGAUGCCAUUCUGCCUCGCGGGGUCACUGACAUCUCCAAGACGAAGAAAGCUCGCAUCUUGCGCGGCGAUAUCUUCGGCAAGCACGAGGUGACUGACCAGGUUGCCGACAUCCGGCUCUUGCUGGCACCUCUGGCCCUUGAGGAUGUCAAGACCGUGAGAUGCUUAGGCUUGAACUACGAGAAGCAUGCAAAGGAGUCGAACCUGCCGAUACCCAAGUAUCCCGUUUUGUUUUACAAACCGGUCACCUCGCUGGCCGGCCCUACAGAUCCUAUCCCAGUCCAUCAGAUGGCCCAGGACGGUGCCGGACUGGACUAUGAGUGCGAGCUUGUAGCGGUAAUUGGCAAGCGUUGCGCGGAUGUGCCUGAGUCUGAAGCCCUUAACUAUGUCUUGGGCUAUGCUGUCGGCAACGAUGUUAGCCAUCGCGAGUGGCAAAUCCAGCGAGGCGGUGGUCAGUGGUCGCUCGGCAAGGGAUUCGACGGCUGGGCCCCCUUCGGACCAGGAAUCGUGUCGAGCGAGCUGAUCAAGGACCCGCAGGCCCUUAAGAUCUCCACCAGAUUGAAUGGGAAGACCGUCCAAGAGUCCAACACAGGCGAUAUGAUCUUCAACAUCAAGCAAACCAUUGCUUUCUUGAGCAGAGGCACUACAUUGCUCCCCGGCGACGUGAUUUUCACGGGAACCCCAUCUGGCGUUAUCAUGGGCAAGGAGCAGAAGAUCUGGUUGAAAGAUGGCGAUGUUGUGGAUGUUGAGCUCGAGGGUGUUGGAACGUGUACUAACAAGAUUGAAUUCGCCAGGGAUACUGCCAAGCUGUGA